AUUUGAUAAGCCAGCAGCUCCCCAUCUCGACCGAGAUGGCGCUGGCACAGCCUUUCAGACGUCUCCGAGGCUCAGGCGAGGAGCCUGACUUGGAUGCCUUGGGGCCAGAGAUCCAGGGCUCUAUCUUGUCGGCCUUGCUGCAGGACCAACGCCCAGACGCUCCGCAGGGGCAAGCUGUGCUGCGCGCAAAAAAUGCUGGCGCUCGGGAUGUCCGGGACGGCCUGCGCGGAGGCGGAAGCCGACCUCCCUUGCCUUCUGCUGGCGCAUCAGUCUUGAGCCGCGAGGCGCGCCCGCGGUCUGGGGAUGACUCCUUGCUCAGCAGUAUGACCUCCAGGCUGGCACAGGUGGAGCAAGAGAACCGGCAACUCAAGGCGAGAAUCAAGACGCAGCAUGCAGAGAUGGACGAGUUGCGAGAGCAACUGGCCAGGAGGCACGCUGCAUCACCAGGAAGCGAGGAAACCGCGCUGCAAGUUGAAUGCGACCAUUUGAGAAGUCAAGUGGUGGAAAUGACACAAUUCAUGGCCGACUAUGGUCUGAACUGGCCACCACGCUCACCUGCGCAAACUGGGUUGGCUGUGGAUUUUCAGGUGAUUGAGUCCAGGAUUGAGACUCUCAAUGACAGCUUGGGCCGAGAGGCGAAGGUGGUGCAUGAAAAUGCUGGGGCAAAACUUUGUGCUCGGCUAAGAUCCGUUGAAACUUUGCCCCUGACCUUCUUCAGUGAUGGAUUGAAAUUGGGACCUCAUGGAUUCAUGGCGUUCCAGACAGCGGCUGCGCAAGAUGUGCUCCGAGACCUCCUAGAUGGAUUCAUCCCGCGACUACUGAAAGAAGACUACCCUGAUGGCGUUGCUUUGAAAGCUGUGAAUCGCACCAAGCUGAGCUUCAGAAACUGGUUGAAGGAGUCCAACCAGGAUUCCGAACUGGCGGAUGGCGGUGAGCGACUCCGCACGGAGGUUGGCCAAGCCAUCCAUGCGCCCAAGGAUCUCCAAAGCGCUUCCGAACGCUUCGUGGCAAAGCUGCCGGAGCGUGUCAUGCGCAAGGGGCAGGUGUGUCAAGUUCGUUCGGCCAUCGCUCAGAGGCUCGGUGUCAGCGAUGGCCGCAGCGCAUCAGCUUCACCUCCAGGCAACCAGGAGGUGUCCUUGUUAGCCUUGGGUCGACCUGCAGAUGCUCCCGUGGCACGCUUGCAGGUGAAGUUGGAGGGGGGCCAGAAAGUGCUGCUGAAGACGGAGUUCCACACCACUCUGGGCGACCUCUGGGAGGCUCUAGCAGAUUGGCGGUCCAAGAACAGGGUUGGACGAGCACGAACCGGCUGCGUACUGAGGACUGCCUUUCCACCGAAGUCAUACACGGACCGCAGUCAGACUCUACAAGAUGCCGGAUUGACGCCAAGUGCUACCCUUUUCGUGGGCUAUGAGGAUUCACAACCUUCAGAAGCCUGAGCGCGACCGAUGAGUCUGCGCGCUUGCUCGCCCUGUAUUCUUUUGACAAAAUCAUGGGGGCACGCGAGGGUAUCCCUGCAGUGUGGCCGCCUUUGUACAUACUUCUUUUAGUUGCUACGCUUUCACACUCUAGCUCAAAGGUGACUUUGGUGGCUGCAGUGGCUUGUCU